GAAACUCCCAAAGCAAGUCUAAUUCCUUUCCUGUCUCUCUUCUCUUCAGUCCCAAAGUUCAAAGAAUAACAGAAAAAUCAGUAUCCAUUAUCAUCCCCCUUAUACCCACCCAUUAUUUACACAAAAAGAUAAAGUUCCAGUCUUUGCUUGUGUUGGAGACUGGAAAAAACUCUCUCUCUCUCUCUCCAAUUUCUUUUUUUUUUUUCCCAACAAAAUUUGCAUCAUAACCCAGUAUUUAUUUCUACACUACUAUAUAUACUAAACGUCAAUCUCAUUAACUAUGCGCAGUCUCUUAUAUAAAUUUUAAUGAGUAAAUCAUCCUUACUUGAGGUCUUAUUUUUUGGGACCUUUAUAAUUAAUAUAAAAUUUAAUUAUCUUCUACUAAAUUUUCUUAUUCUUUAUCCCAUGUUCUCUUGCUAUAUAUUUGUUUAAUUUUAUUCAUUUUUCUUAUAAGAAUCUCUAUUGUAAUUAUGUUCUCACAUAAAAAGAUAACCUUAAUCUUAAAAAACUCAUUUUAAAAGAACCCACGACAGGUUUGGGAUUCAUUAUUAGCUCAUGCCUCAAAAGACUUCAGGUGGCAGAACUUAGACCAAGCCAUAGAAGGAGAAGCAUAGAGAGAGAGAGAGAGAGAGAGAGAGAGAGAGAGAGAGAGAAGCUUGCUUAUACUGAGGGAUCGACAGAGCGAAUUGACUUUGCUCGAACCGUUGUUGGGUUGAAGGCAAGGGAUCGAAGGGACAAGAACUCAGAAUGAUUGGUGCCAUUUUGAUCACAGAAGAAGACACCGCUAUUAAUGUUCAGAAAUGUCGAGAGUUCGUGGCGGCUGAAACUUGAGAGAAGAGAGAGACAGACGAGUUGAUUAAUUUCCUCCAACAUGGCUCCCAGAAGUCCUAGCUACGGUAGAAUUUCCCCAAUCAUCCCCAUUUCCCUUCUCUUUCUGCUUGUUUCUUCCUCCAUCUUCCCGGCGCAUUCGUCGGAAUCCAGAAGCUACAGUCGCCCGAACGAGACGUUUCGACCGGGGGAGGAGCUGCAGAGGUUGAAGAUGAUCAGAACUCAUCUCCUCAAGAUCAACAAGCCUGCUAUCAAGACAAUUCAGAGUCCCGACGGCGAUCUGAUAGAUUGCGUUGCAUCUCAUCGGCAACCAGCAUUUGAUCAUCCUUUAUUGAAAGGCCAAAAGCCACUGGAUCCGCCAGAGAGGCCAAGAGGCCACAACCCAACGGCCAACUUGCCGGAAACCUUUCAGUUAUGGAGUUUCUCCGGCGAGUCAUGUCCGGAAGGAACGAUUCCGAUUAGAAGAACAACUGAGCUAGACAUCACACGAGCCAACUCCAUUGAACGAUUUGGAAGGAAAAUCCCAAGGCUUACUCGACGAGACUAUUCUAGCAAUGGGCAUGAGCAUGCUGUAGGGUACGUGAGUGGAGAAGAAUACUACGGAGCAAAAGCCAACAUAAAUGUAUGGGCACCUCUGGUGGAAAACCCUAAUGAGUUCAGCCUUUCACAGAUUUGGGUAAUCUCCGGCUCCUUCGGCGACGAUCUCAACACCAUUGAAGCCGGCUGGCAGGUUAGCCCGGAGCUCUAUGGGGACAACUAUCCAAGGUUCUUCACUUAUUGGACUAGCGAUGCAUAUCAAGCAACAGGAUGCUACAAUUUACUGUGCUCGGGAUUUGUUCAGACCAACAAUAAGAUUGCAAUUGGGGCUGCAAUCUCUCCUACUUCGUCCUACAAUGGCGGCCAAUUUGACAUCAGUUUGUUAGUUUGGAAGGAUCCGAAGCAUGGGAAUUGGUGGCUUGAAUUCGGAUCUGGGGUCCUAGUUGGGUACUGGCCGUCGUUCCUGUUCACGCACUUGAGAGACCACGCUAGCAUGAUCCAGUUCGGUGGCGAAGUUGUGAACACAAACCCGUCGGGUUCCCACACUUCGACCCAAAUGGGUAGCGGGCACUUCCCUCGAGAAGGAUUCGGGCGGGCCUCUUACUUCAGAAACCUUCAGGUUGUAGAUUGGGACAAUAGCCUGAUUCCACUUUCGGACCUUCGGGUCUUGGCGGAUCACCCCAAUUGCUACGACAUCCAAGGAGGGAUUAAUGCCGUUUGGGGGAACUAUUUCUAUUAUGGAGGGCCCGGAAGAAAUCCAAACUGCCCCUAAGGGACACUUUUUUUUUUUUUUUCUUUCUUUUUCUUUUUUCUAUUUUUUGGUGAGUUGGGUUUCAAUUAUUCAACUUCAUUGGGGUCAAUUACUAUUUUUGUAUUUAUUUUUCUUUGUCAAUCCAUUUUUUGUUCUCAAGGCCUAGCAGUUGGUCCAUUGAUUAAUUAUAUAUACGGUUUCAGGGACUCUUUUAUGUAAAUGGGACAAAAUAUAGUGAAUAUACUUGUGAUUUUGAGAUCAGC